UAUGCGAUACCCGGCAACACCUUCAGCUGACUUUGGGCGUGCAGAUAAGUUUAAUUCUCGCAGUUAUGGAAUUCAGUAUACACCAGUGACGCAUACUACCAGGCAAAUAAUGCAGCAUGUGGCUUCUGAUUCCUUUCUGAAGAGUGCGUUCUCUCCUAACGUUAUUACACUGUUGUUGUUUACAUUUCCUGUAUUUCAGGAGACUUUUUAUUAAAAGGUGUAUUUUGCUUGUACUGAAUAUUCGUUAGAUAUUAAUCUCUAAUGCCAGAGGAUGCUAGUGCCAGUCCACCUGUGUGGUGUGAAUGAAUAUCAUGGGGCAGAGUCUCUCUUAUGGCCAUAUGCCACUCAGUGCAGAAGAGAGGAUGUGGGGGACACUAGGGUGCCAGUUAUGGCUCUCCAGUUCUGAUGGCCAGUCUGCACUGCGGUUGUCCUGGUGUUUGUUUUUUUAAGAGCAGCCUUGGGGCUGCUUUAACUUAUUCCAUUGGCCUCGGGAUCUCUACAUUCAUUUUUCAUUAUGUUUUUUUUUUCUUCUGGCUCUCUCUGCUUCUGUUUUUUAGCCGUUGCUACAUAUUUGUUUUUCACUCCUCUCUUGAAUGAAAUGCUGUCUUAACAUUCAAGUUAAAGUUCCUGACUCACGAUUUUGAAGUCCACUUAACAUUAGACAAAGUGACUCUGUUCUUCCCUAGUUUUGAUGGUUUAUUUUGCUUGUCAUAAAAGUGACAGUCAUCUGAUGUUUUGGUAGACAAUAGUUGUAAACAUGCGCAUUUAUUUUUCUUAUAUAUCACAGAUAUACAUAUUGUUGGAGAGAACACUGGAGAACAAACAGAGCUGGAAAACACUACUCUGGCAUUCUAUGAAUUUAUAGAAGUUAAAUUUAAUGACGCUUUCUCUUAUGAGUUAGUUUCCAAUUGGCAUUCUGAAUUCCAUUUGCAAAGGGACAAUAUGGAUCAUCGUUCAGGUGAUUUUUCCCGUUUAACACAAAUAAUUGUGAAUUUUAAUAAUUUUAAUCUUUCAAUUUAAUCACAAAUUAUAACGGUCGAAGUGAGAUUAAAAUGUAUGUAGGUAUAAAAUUAGUGUUCAAACAACUAUUUUCUAAUAUUGAUUCUUGUAUAUGGGAUAUCUGUCUACUUGGAAUGGAUUGUUGGGUGACUCUAGGCAUUCACAGAAGUAGAUAACUUGGUCAAAGUUUCAGCACCCAAUGGCACCCAUUCAGUAUACUCAGGAAUAGAUCUGUUUGGGACUCAGAAUUCUGUUCCAUGGAAAAUUCUGAUAUUUAAAAAACAAAAGAAAAUUCUCCAUUGGAAUGAAAAGCUGAAAUUUCAAAAUUUCUCACAAAACCGAAUUUGGGCAGGGGGAUUGUUUUGGCUCAUUUGAAAUGUUUUGUUUCUGUUUAAAUUUUUAAAAAUAUUUUAUUUUUUUAUUUUAUUUCAGAAUUAGAGUUUAAUUUUUUAAAAGUUAUAAUUGAAAAUUGGCCUUCUAACUGGUAAUUGGUUUGCUCAUUUGGUAAUUGAUGUUCUAACUAGUAACAGGUUUGCUUCUGGGUUUGGUAAAUAAGUAUUGUAAUUGGCAUAAUAUAAAAUAAAUAACAUAUUUAGAAACAAGAAGUUGUUUCAAAAUAAAACACCAAUAAGGACCUUAUUGAAGCACUUUCUUCCUGAAUGAAAUUUCAUCAAAAAAUGACACAUUUUCCCCCACAAUGUUGACGUUGACAAAUUGACGUUUUCUGGCUGAAAAACAUUCCCCUGGAAAAUUUUCGGCCAGGAACUGCCUCACAAACCCAGUGUUCUGUAAGCCCCGGUGGUGCAAGCAUGGUGGUAUGGUCCUGCCCCCGCCCUUCCACACAGCUGCGUCUCCUGAGUCCUCCUGCCUGGGGUCUGUACAGCAGAAGUCUCUGGUGCAGCAGGAGGAGGACAGAGCCCCGCCACCGGUAAGGUGGGAUGGAUGUGGAUCAUGGGGAAGGGACAGGGACAGCGCGGGGGCCCCGGACUGGGCACAAGUCACCUGGGGGAUCACAUGGAGAGGUCACAUGUCCCCCCCCCCCCCUUGUGUCCCUUCCCAUGAGUGCAGCAUACCAGCAAGAAAUGAUUUCUACUUGCACCACUGGUUAAGUCCUGUGGAAUUCUCAUGGGACAAUGGGAUUGCCUUAAACUUUGGUCUGGCAGAGGGCUUUUCCUCUCUCCCAUAUCUCCUGCUUUCCUCCCCGCCCCCCGCCCUCCGUUCAGCCCUGGCAGCUUGCACUUUAAUGAACAUUAGUGACGAGGCAUUUUGUGGAGGAGGCAGGUGCACCUUUAUCCACCAGCAUUUACAGCCUCUCUUCCUCUGGCAGGGAGCAAACCCCCCAACCCUGCCAUUCUGGAAGUCAGCAGGAUCUCUCACAUCCCUGAAUGCUGUGAUCUUUCCUGACCCCUUUGAUGAGCUAGCACCCAGUGCUUUGGGAGCCUAUGGGCGCCAGUGCCCAGAAUUUCCAGAGCGCUCAGCAUCCGUUGUUUCCCGGAGUGACUGCUGUGUGUUGAACUCCUCUGAAAACAUGGCCUCAGACUUUGUGACCAUCCAAAGCCUUGUUCCUUGGGGAAAGCGUUUUCAGAGUCUACUAGCUCUGUGGAAACAGGCAGCUGCUCUGGCUCCAUAUUUUAUGACGACAUCACUUGUGCUGUUAGUCAACAGUGGACUUCAGGAUUUGUUUCCCUGCAAGCAAACAUUGACGCUGCUAUCAUUCAAGUUGCAUCAAACCACUCAGUGAUGGAAGAGCUGCAAUCAGUCACUGCUGUACAGAUGAGGAUACCUCCCUUUCGUGUUGCAGAAGGCAUUAACUAUGACGUUUUGGUUGUCUGCACUGCAGUGGCAUUCUCUCCACUCAUAUACUUUAUGUCACUCAAUGUGGCAAAAGAAAGGAGGAAGUUUAAGGAGCUGAUGAAGAUGAUGGCGCUCCAGGAUUUAGCCUUCUGGUUCUCCUGGGGUUUUCUGUAUGCAGGCUAUAUUUUAAUUGUGGCAAUUCUACUGACACUUAUCAUGAAAUCUGAUGAAUUUAUAUACCACACCAGCCAUUCUGUGAUGUUCUUCCUCUUUUACCUCUAUGGCAUCUCUUUGAUGUCACUUGCUUUCUUGCUAAGCUCUUUGUUGAAGAAACCUAAGCUCACUGGCAUAGUUGGGUUCCUCUUCACCCUGUCCUUUGGAAGUCUUGGCCUUGCUAUAUUGUAUAACCAUGUUCCUGAACCUUUGGAAUGGGCUUUAGGUCUCUUCAGUCCUUUUGCUUUCGCGGCUGGAUUUGUGCGGAUUGUACAUUUAGAAGACGCUGUGAAAGGGGUGGAUUUUUCUGACUUUUUGGAAGACUCCUUCCCAAUGUUGGCAGUUUUUUCCCUGUUGGCUUUUGAUGCUCUUCUCUAUUUGAUGCUAGCCAUCUACUUUGACAAAGUUUUGCCUGAUAAAUAUGGGAUGCACCAUUCCCGUUUGUUCUUCCUGAAGCCAUCUUAUUGGUUUAAAAAAAGAAAAAAUUGUGUCAACAAUGAUAUCCUAGACCAUGAAGAAUACAGUGACCAGGUCUUUAAUGAUCAUGUUGAGCAAGUGCCUCCAGAAUUUCGUGGGAAAGAGGCCAUCAGUAUCAACAAUAUUAAAAAAACCUAUAAAGGGAAGGACAAGAUAGUGAAUGCUUUAAGAGGUUUGUUGCUUAAUGUCUAUGAAGGCCAGAUCACUGCAUUACUUGGUCACAGUGGAGCUGGAAAAAGUACGCUACUGAACAUCCUUAGUGGACUUUGCCCACCUUCAGAAGGCUCUGCCAUGAUAUAUAAAUACAAAGUAUCUGAAAUGGAGGACUUGGAAGAAAUUAGGAAAAUAAUUGGAGUUUGCCCACAAUUUAACAUUCAAUUUGAAGUUUUAACAGUGAAAGAAAAUCUAAGGAUUUUUGCUAAAAUCAAAGGGAUUCAGCCAAAAGAAGUUGAACAAGAGGUCCAAAAAGUUUUGACUAUGUUGAAAAUAAAAGACAUCCAGGACUGCCAAGCUAGCAGCUUAAGCAGUGGACAGAAAAGAAAGCUCACGCUUGGAAUUGCCAUUUUAGGAGACCCCCAGGUUUUGAUAUUAGAUGAGCCAACUGCUGGUUUGGAUCUCAGUUCCAGAUACCAUGUAUGGAGCCUACUGAAGGAGCAUAAAGCUAACAGAGUAACCCUGUUCAGUACCCAGUUAACGGAUGAGGCUGAUAUUAUCGCUGACCGGAAAGCUUUUAUCUCCCAUGGGAGGUUAAAGUGUGUUGGCUCUUCUCUCUUUCUGAAGAGAAAAUGGGGAAUCGGUUAUCACUUAAGCCUGCACAUCAAUGACUCUUGUGACUCUGCAAAAAUGACAUCUCUGGUCAAGCAGCAUAUUCCCAAUGCUAAGUUAUCUGGGCAGAGUCAUGAAGAACUGAUUUACAUGCUGCCCUUUGAAAAUGUGGAUAAGUUCCCUGAACUGUUCUGUGAGCUAGACACUCAUGUGUGCCAGGAGAUUCUGAGUUAUGGCAUUUCCAUGACAACCCUGGCUGAUGUGUUCCUGACACUGGAAGAAGAAGCAGCAAUUGAUCAAGCAGAUUAUGGUUUGUUCAGUGACGAGCAGGCAGAAGAGGAAAGAGACACCUUCUCUCCUGACGAAUUGGAACAAAAUCUCCUGUCACUCUCAGACACUGGAAAGGCGACUGUAAGUGGCACAGCCCUCUGGAGACAGCAAGUCUGUGCCCUGGCAAGAAUUCGCUUCUUAAAGCUAAAGCAUGAGGGUCAAACUAUUAGGUCCAUAUUACUGGUGUGUGGUCUUCUUAUACUGCCUUUCCUGAUCUCCAAGAUAAUAAGUGAUGGAGAAAUUGUUGCCCUUACGAUGAAGGUUUCACCUCAGAUGUAUUUUCUCCAACCUGGACAGCAGCACCUCCGAACACGUCACACCAGCUUAUUGAUCCUCAAUGAUACAGGUUCAGACAUUGAGGACUUCAUCCAGGCUGUGAAAAGUCAGAAUAUAAUGUUGGAAAUAGCUAAUGGGAAAAACAUCUCAGAUGGUCAAGAAUACAAUGGGGCUAUUAAAGUAUCACUUGCAGACAAGCAUUUCAGAUUUUCAGUGAUGUGCCAUGCCAUGAGAAUCAAUUGCUUUCCAGUGCUUAUGAACAUCAUUAGCAAUGCAUUACUAAGAAACUUAAAUUCCACUAGGCAUAUUCAAGUCACGACUAGGAUGUCCCCUAUGAUAUCAUCUGAGCACGGAAUAAGGUUACUUUGGCAUUCCAUUCUUUUCAUGUCUAUUUUAGCUUCUGGUUUGGCACCUCACUUUGCAAUGAGCAGCAUAGGUGAUUACAAGAUAAAAGCUCACUCCCAGCUGUGGACUUCAGGCAUGUUCCCUUCAGCAUAUUGGUGUGGCCAGGCUCUGGUGGACAUUCCUCUCUGCUGUGCUCUUCUCUUCACAAUGACUGGGAUUAUGUUUUUAAUUAAUUAUAAAAUUAUUCUGACUCCUGGAUUAUUAGCCUUACCUAUGGUUGUGUCUAUAUUUGGCUAUGCAGCAUCCAUUGUCGUCCUCACUUAUGUGAUCUCUUUUGCUUUUCGCAAAAAGAAAAGCUACAGUGACCUUUGGGCUUUUAUCUUUAUAUUUGUUUCUUUCGUGCUUGAUGGAAUUUAUUAUAUAAUCCAUGUGAACUUCAUCACGACCAUCCUCACUGCAUUGAUUCCUUUCUAUACGUUAGCUGGCUGUAUGAGAAUAAUUGUGAAGGUGUCUUCAGACCAUUUAUUUGACCCCUGGGAAGGUGAUCAAGAAAUGAUGCUGAGCAGAGGCCACUUGCUUGUUAGCCUGGCACCAUACCUGCACUGUAUUAUUUUUAUUUUCAUUCUGCGAUGUCUGGAGUGGAAAUACGGAAGAAAAACUACGAGAGAGGAUCCAAUCUUCAGAAUUUCUCCAAGGAAAGAGAUCUUCCGCCAAAACCCUGAAGAGUCUGAAGGAGAAGAUGAAGAUGUUCAAGCUGAAAGAAUGAGAUCCAGGAGCGUGAUGACCUGUCAGAACCAGGAAGAGAGACCAAUCCUUAGCGUCAACAGUCUACGCAAGGAAUACAAAGACAAGAAGGCCAGCUCCAUUUUUAAGAAAAGGAAGAAAGUCGCCACAAGAAAUGUCUCCUUUUGCGUUAAAAAAGGUGAGGUUUUCGGACUACUUGGACCCAAUGGGGCUGGCAAAAGCACAACUCUAAAGGUGAUCAUUGGAGACACGUCCCUAACUGCUGGACAGGUGGUGAUGAAGGGGGCAGAUGCAGCUGCUUCUCAACCAGAAGAGGACACAACUGACUUCCUAGGGUACUGCCCUCAGGAGAACCCUCUCUGGCCAAAUCUUACUGUUCAGGAACAUCUGGAAGUUUAUGCUGCUGUGAAAGGGAUGAGGAAAGAAGAUGCUGCUGUUACUAUCAAACGGGUAGUGAAUGCUCUGAAACUUCAGGAGCAUCUUCAAAAACCAGCCAAGAAACUACCGGCAGGAAUAAGCAGAAAGGUAUGCUUUGCACUGAGCAUGCUGGGCAAGCCCAUGCUGGUGCUUUUGGACGAACUGUCGACUGGAAUGGACCCCACGGGGCAACAUCAUGUGCGGACAGCUGUUCGUGCUGCAUUGAAAAAUAAGAAACAAGGAGUCAUCUUGACAACCCAUUACAUACAAGAGGCUGAGUCAUUGUGUGACCGAGUGGCCAUCAUGGUGUCUGGAAAGCUUCGCUGUAUCGGGUCCAUUCAGUACCUGAAAAGCAAGUUUGGCAAAGGUUACUUGCUGGAAAUUAAAGUGAAGGCCCCAGAACAAGUUGAUCUCAUCCAUGCAGAGAUUACACGAAUCUUCCCACUUGCAGCACGUCAGGAACGGUAUCCCUCUUUGAUGGUCUAUAAGAUACCAAUGGAAAAUGUACAGUCUCUGUCCCAGGCCUUUUUCAAUUUGGAGGCAGCUAAACGUACCUUCGACCUGGAGGAGUACAGCCUUUCUCAGUGCACUUUGGAACAGGUGUUCUUAGAGCUUUCAAGAGAGCAGGAGAAAGAGGAUUUUGAUAUGAAUCUGGAUAGUACAGCAGAAUGGAAACUCCUUCAGCAGGAUGAUAACUAAAGCUCUGCACCACAGUCCUAUAUCUCUGCUACAAACAAUAUCUGCAUGUACAAUUACAUACUAUGUUAUAUCCAGUACUCACAUUGUAUUAUGGUAAUGUCAAGAGAGGAAAGUUCAGCCAGUCAUCAUGAAAACUAUUUUUUGAUUAAUUACAUUUGGCUAUGGCUACAUUUCCUUUUGGAGCAAAGAAUAUGUUCUGAGACACAUGGGACUGCAUUAGAAAGUUGGCCAAGGACCAAAAAUAGGGUUGGUCGCCAAUAACAGAAGAUGAGGGAGCUCACGGGCAAAAUCAGUCCAAUUUCAAUACAUCUCCAGUUGCAAAUACGAGAAAAGCAGAACAGAAUCUUAAAAAGCCAUCUGCUCAGAAAUUUGAACUGAGAUCCCUUUUGUCACACAAAUCAUACAAAACACAUUACAGAGUUUUCAAUUAAAUACUGGUGGUGAAGUGACGACAUGCAUAAACCUGUCAGCAGGGAUUCAUGUAUUACAGGGAUGAACAAUGUACAGGUGGUUGGAUAUACUGGGCCUGAUUUUGCUUUCUUAGUAGAUGGAUUAUGAUUUUAGUCCUCUGGCUGCAGCUGAGUUAUUUAGAUUUGCAUCAGUGAGACUGAUAAUCUCUGUCUCUUUCUGUAAGUGUCCUGAGUUUUUUCAGCUUCCCCUCACCUUAUGGAUAGAGGGAUCUCUCAACAAUGGAGCAACACACUUAACAGUAUAGCAAUAGUGUCAUUUCUGUCGGUGAGCCGAAGUGCUUAUAUGGGACUAGAAUCAACAAUCUUCUGCUGCGGAGAUGUGAUUGCUAUUAACUGAGUCUGAUGCUUUUACACUGUUAUCAGCAAUUUGCCAGAGUGAUCUCAUUAUUGGAGUAUUCUUUAUAUUAUUGGACCUUCAGGUUACUUGCUAUGAGACAUGUUAAAUAUAUGAAGAAGAAAAACGUUCUCCUCUCGGAUGUUAACGGUAGUACUAUUUUGCUGUUCCUUUACAUGCCAAAAGGACAUCAGUAGAAGAACAGAGCUGAUGUCAGAGAGAGAUUCUGUCUCUUCAGCAUUAUUUGUAGGAGACAAAGCCAAUGACAAAAAAUUAGAAAGCAAUGCAAUACUACUGGUAGUUCUUGUGUAUGAGUCAUUGAUAAAGUACAAACUCCAACUUUACAUGGUUUACAGGUUUAGUGAAUAAAAUCCUAAUAGCUGUAUGCAUCACCUGGAAUUGCUACAUGUCAGGGACUUUCUAGAUUUCUCACUACUGCUGGAACCUUAAAUAGCUGCAGCCAGAAACACCAUCCUCCAUCAGUACCUAGCAACAGCUCCUUUGAAUCAUGACACAUAUGUGGCCUCUAAGCUUGACUGUUGCAAUGGACUGAACCCGCUAAGCAGAGUGACAUUGUGACCCCCAAACCAGUGCGCGCGCUCGAAGUGCGCUGGUGGCAGUAACUAAUACACCUCAGUCCGCCAAGGGGUGGAGUGGAGGGGCAAGGUUGCGGAAGAUUGGCGAGGAGCUAAGGGGUGGACUGAGUAUGUGAUUGGAUGUAAGCGGAGGAUGCAGGCAGUUUCAAUGAACUUGGUCCAACAGACCCUGCCAAAAGACAUUGUAGCAUAGCUCAGUAUAUUUUUGCCUGUAAAUAAGUCAGUUUAUGUAAUAAGCAUAAAUCAUAUAUAUAAGAAUGUAACCAGCUGUUGACCCCAUGUAACCCUGAGAUAAGCGCGGAGAAUAUAGGGCCGCAGAGGACUCCCCCCUGGUGGAGUCCUGCCUGGUCAGCUGUCCCGAAUGGCCAGAGUCCCCUGCAGCCCUUCCGCGCGUCCUAGGGGCUCCCCGCACAGAUUGGAGCUUAAGUUUUUCCUUCCUUCAAUAAAGCAUAGUUGACUAUUCUUA